UAUCUCUCUAUCUUCAGUCUUUCCUUGUAUCUGCGAGAUUAGUUUGCGUACCUAAAAGGCGCACGUUAGCGAUGGACGUCAUGUCCCAUUCUUCGGCCUUCCUUUUGCCCACAAUCCCGCCCGACCACCGCCCCGCUCUAACGUACGCGCUUGUCGUGCUUAACCAACGCAUCCCGAAAUUUACUCCCUUGCUCUGGGAGCACGCACAACUCUGUCUCUGUGCUGAUGGAGGCGCGAACCGCUUGUACGAUGAAAUGCCUCUGCUCUUUCCUCGCGAGGACGCCAUCCAUGUUCGAAACAGGUACAAGCCGGAUGUUAUCAAAGGUGACAUGGAUUCAAUUCGAACAGAAGUACUGGACUUUUAUGCAAACCUGGGAACCGAGACAUUGGAUGAAUCUCAGGACCAGGACACAACAGAUCUACACAAGUGUGUAGCAUAUUUGCGUGAUUUCACACCAGACAUUGAUAAGUCAAAUUUAUGCAUUCUUGUCGCCGGAGCACUUGGUGGGCGGUUUGACCACGAGAUUGGAAACAUCAACGUUCUUUGCCGCUUUUCAAGCAUGCGAAUAAUUCUUUUAUCUGAUGAUUGUCUCAUUCACCUUCUUCCAAAAACUCAUCAUCAUGAGAUCCAUAUCCAGUCCUCUGUUGAGGGUCCGCAUUGUGGACUCAUUCCUAUUGGUAUGCCAUCUGGAAGCACUACAACCACUGGACUCCAGUGGGAUCUAAUUGACAAGGAGAUGAAGUUUGGUGGUUUAGUAAGCACAUCAAAUAUUGUAAAAGAAGAAAAAAUAACAGUGCGAUCCGAUUCGGAUCUUCUUUGGACGAUCUCUAUUAAGAAGUCAUAAUCGAUAUUGCUUUUGAGAGUGGCGCACACGCACUAGUUUUCACAAUUUCUUAUAACUUGAAAAUUGUCAGGAUCACCUUUAAAUUAUUGAAGUUAAGGUGAAUGUCUGCAGGUAGUAUCCUGAACUCUUGUUGGAUUUUGGUAUUUAUAAGUAAUUUGGGGAUUU